UAAAGCGCGCUCAAAGUUAAAGCUCCGAUCAGUUUUUUGGCGGGAAAAUUUUAAAAUUUAAAAAUGUUCACGACAGAAUAUCCCGAAUUCAAAUGGUUAACUCCCGAGUACAUUGGAAACUUGUUAAAAGUUUAUUUCAGUGAAAAAACGUUGGAAAUUCAGUCCUUGGACGUUAAAGCAGCUUCUGGCAAAGGCGAUUCGUAUGGCGGGAUUUUACUUCGCGCUCAUAUUUCGUUUUCCACGCAAAAUUCAAUCGUAAAAAAGACUUCUUUAGUCUUGAAAACUCAAAUUUGGAACGAACUGACGGAAAAAACUCUCAAAGUCUACGACAUUCACAACAAAGAAAUGAUAAUUUACGAAAAAAUCUUACCCAAAAUCCGUCAAUUGCUGCUGUCAAUUGGAGAAAAGGGCGACAUCUUUCCCACAGCGAUCCACGUUGAUCGCGAAAACGACGUGAUUGUCUUCGAGGAUCUCUUGUUGAAGAAAUAUCAGAUGAAAAAUCGGCUACAAGGCUUGGAUCGGGAACAUGCCUUACUGGCAUUGUCUAAAAUGGCGAAAAUUCACGCAGCAUCGGCAGUUUUGUACGAAAAGGAUAACAAAAUUUACUCAUCUCUUGUUUCGGGAAUGUUUACGCGUCACACGGAUUGUUACCACACAUUUUUCAGGACUUUUUGGUCGACAUGCGCUUCGGAAGUCAGUAAAUGGGAAGGAUUUGAACAUUAUGGCAGGAUUUUGCAGAGAAUGACUGACGAUAUGAUUGAAAAUGCUUGUAAAGUCUAUGAUUUGGAGGAGGGAGACUUGCAUGCUUUGAGUCAUGGGGACUUUUGGUUGAACAAUGUGAUGUUUUGCUAUGAAGAGGAUGAUUCCUUAAAAGAUGUCGUAGUCCUUGACUGGCAAUACUCAACUUAUGCCUCACCAUUACUGGACUUCAUUUUGUUCGUUUUUACAUCCACAAAUGACGAAAUUCGUCUCAACCACGCGGAUGUCUUUCAAUUUUAUUACAAAGAAUUAACAGAAACCCUGAAAAAAUUGAAGUAUCCGAAGCAUAUUCCAACUUUACUUGAAUUUCGGCAACAAUAUUUAAGAAAAUCGUUUCUAAAACUCACCUCCUGCAUAAUGAUGCUUCCGUCGAUGAUAAAUGAAGUUACAGACGAUGCUGAAUUUGAAUCCCUCAUGUUAGACAAUGAAAAGGCUCGGAGAUUUAAGAACACGAUAAUGAGUAAUCCAAAAUAUCGGGCGAUUUUGCAAAAGUUGCUUCCAGUUUUUGAUUGUGAAGGGCUUUUAAAUGGGUAUUAAGUGUUGAUAAAAUUAAAAUUAUAAAAUUUUUAUUUUUAAUAAAAUUAAAAAAAAAUGGGAUUUAAGGUUUUAAAUUUUUUUUUACAAUUAUUUCUCGGGUUAAAUAAAGAAUUUUUUUAAAAGUUUUUGAUUCAAAUAAAAUA